AAUAAUCAAGCAACAUCAAUUUGAGUGAUGAAAACAUAUCAAUAACACACACGGAUCAAUAAUGAAGCCAGUACUCCUUUAACAGGAAAGAAACCUUAGGGAUAAUACCAUUCCUCGAGUGUUGCCGAACAUCCCCGAAUGGAGUUGAAAACGUUCGAUGCCAGUGUUACAGCGAUAGCGGACAGUGAAGGUGCAUUGGUAGAGGGAGAAUUUCACCAACUGGAAGUUAUAUUAAAUAUCAGCCAAAGGAGUGGGGAAAAUAUGACACACACAUUUUCACAGCGAGAGAUCGAGUGAACUGACAGGACUGACAGAACUGACAGUCAGUGUUGACUCGACUGCCACUGCCAGUCGAUUAAAUUCCGAAGUACGAGCACAGUGUAAUUUCGACUGAUCAAGCACUCUGUGAUUUUCAAGUGACAAGUGAAUCAGUGACAAGUGUCAGACCCACAGGACUCGUCUGACAGAAAAAAAAUAUAUCCCAUUGAGUGUGAAACCUCGACCCGUCAUUUCUCUUAUUGAUUACUGAAGGAUAACGAGAAAUGUCAAAUUAGAUGGUGAAAGGAUGCUAGAUCAGGUGGAGGAGUUUGAAGGUUUUUGGUGGAGAGACAUGAUGGAUUUCGUUGAAAUGCAGUGGCAUCGUUUCACAUCCUCAUUGUCAUUAAUUUGAUCAGCAGAGUUUAAUGAUUGAUGUCAUAAUGAAGGAGUUGGAGCACAGUGAAGCACCGGGCACCCGGACGCUAAAGUCUCUCCUGAAAAAACCUGGACAGGGAAAGCAGCGCACGCACAAGAAUCGCGUUGUGAUUAAUGAAAAAUUAAAUGAAUUUUUUGCUGCUGAUUACAUAAUUCUCAUCAAGGAGGAGUGCUGCGCUGACUAUGAGGAGGAGUGUGAUUGUUGUUGUCAGGAGACGGAAAUGAUAAGAGUUGGUAAUUGCAAGGAGUGCAGAGCUGAAUUGUCUAGGCACAUAGCAAGUGGAAUCGAUUCUUGUUACGGUAUUGACAGUCAUGGAAAAAUUGAUAUCGGCGAUGAUAUUGGUACUGGUAAAAUUAUCGAUACCAAGGAGUCGCGGUUUGACGACGAGGAUGAGGAAGAGGAGUAUGAGGACGAAGUGGAUGAUUAUGAUGAAGAGGCUGAGUCCUCUGAAGAACCCGAUGUGAGGGAGUGUAGUGAUAAGAAUUCUAGUUAUUCUCAACAUCAGCAACAGGAAACACUUAGUCCACCUGAGGGGUACAAGGACGUUUGUGAUGAUGAAACCCAGUGUGAAGUGUUCGAGGAUGAGCGAUUGUGUCCAGGUAAUGUCUGCGGGGAAUGCAAUUUCUAUCAGGAGAACACGCCAGAUGGUGAAGUACAGAAUCCUGUACCACCGGGAGAAGAAAGCCAGCCACAAGUAAAAACCGUAGAAAAUGAUGUUGUACCGACUAGCGAUGAAGCAUUACAAACAGCCUCAGAUCUUCACCAGCACUACCUCGUGGAGACGAUAACAAUGACAACCGUAACAGAGCGCCGAAUAGUCCGUGAAAUAAGCGAAGAGGACUCCCGGUGUCCUUCGAUCGAUCAACCCGAGACAACUGGAUUUUUUGAAUCUCAAGGUCUAUCAAGAUCGAGCCAAGAAACCAAAGAGGAAGACACUCCGACAAAACCCCACGAAAUCACCAAGGACACUCCAAAUCCAACAGACCAUUCCCUCACAUUUAAAAUGGGAAACGUAUCCCUCGUAACCAACAGCCUGAAACCAAAUUCCGCUGUACGCCAACUGUUCCCAGAUCCCCGAUUUAUCUCGCCUCCACCAGUUCCUGCCAAAUCCGUAUGCCUAUCCGGAGAGGAAGGAACUGACAGCGACAGCUCCGAGGCACAAAAAUUCCUAAUAACCACCGAGAGCCUUCGGCUAUUCAAUUCUGUGAAACGCUCAAAGAUCACAAGCUCGAGGAGUGAAUCCUCCGAGAGCGAUUCACCAAGUCUGCGACGUACAAUCGAGCGAAAUGCAUUACGCAGAAGUCUCAUCUGCAAGUACGACAUAACAUCGAAGAAGAAGAACUUGAAAAACAAAGAUUUGAGUCUCGAGGAACGAAUUCGCCAGCUGACAUGCGUCGAUCAGGACAACGAUAACACAACUGACAGUGCAUCUGAGUCCCAAACAUCUGGAUAUCAGAAUAGUCCAGAGUACAAUCGAACAUCACCCUCCAGGGAGGAGCGGGUGGAGCGCUCCAUGAACAAUUGUCCAGAUCAAUCUCCACCACUUGCCCAUUAUCAUCAUCAUCAUCAGUCAGCUUAUCGAAAAAUUACAGAGUUAUUUGGCCAGAAGAAAAAUGAUACAAUGCCGGACCUGGGAAUCGGUGACAAGGCCACAGCCAUGAACGAUUUCAAUAAGACAAAUCUAUCAAAGAUUAAUACAGACUCUAGAAAACAAUUUCUGUCGUCAUUGGCUCCACUAUCCUGUGUUGCAUCAACAGGAAUGGAUAAUAGAGACGAUUAUUAUCAGAUAUCAUCGAAGGUUAAAAGGGAUUCGAUUGGGUACAACUCAGAUUCGUCUUACAGCCUGGAGGAUAUCGAAGCAGCUUUAAAAGGGGAUGAGAGAAAUUCAAAAAAGAAUGCAGCACCUCCAGAUGUUACCAGAGGUACACCAACGGGAUCAGGUCCAGAUUCGGACGCAACGGCCGAUGAACUCCUGGCCUUUGUCGAGCAAGACAAAACACGUACGGAGAGACUGAAACGUAAAUACGACACCGAAGAUCACCCGGAGAAUUCCAAGAAUGGGGACAACAAUGGAGCAAUAGAUGAUGAGGACGACGAACUAAAUGAUUAUGGAUUCAACACGAGACCCGCUGUGCGUGGGAUUAAGCCUCAGUUCCAAUCUACCAGUGAAAUAGUCAGGCAAUUGCGCUCUCGGGCUGUUCCAGUAUCUCUGAAUAAUAAAUCUCAACUACUCGUCGCCCCCUGGCCCCACCAUGACCGUCAAAAUCCCGAAAAAUCGACGGUUUUUACCGCGUCCGAGGAAUCAACGGAGGACCGAGACAGUACCAUAAAACGCAUUAACACAAUGCAACGACAAAUCGAUGACAUUUACCAGACUAUUGCUGAGACUGCAGUAUCAGUGCAGGGAAAAAUUGAUUGCAGUUCUUAUUUAGAUAAUACAUUACCCAGAACAAUUCCAAGGGUAGUCCACUGCCGGUACAAUCAGAAAAAGGAGCACUACCACGAUCAUCGAAGUGGUGUUGAAGGUGCUGUGCCUGGUGACAAUAGAAGACCAGUGUCCAUCACGAGUUAUCCUUGCAAUGUUAUUCCAGUGGAGAACAAGUGUUAUAAAACGAUGUACUUUGUUCCAUACAAUGGAAUAACUGAUCCAACAUACCAAAACAUCCAAAGAAUUCUACCACCCCAUUCGUCGGCUAAUUAUGCAAAUCACAUUGAGCGAUAUCCAUUUCACAGAAAUCGUUCGGAUCCAGAGCAAUUUGCCCAGCCUGUACCCCAGCUGGGACAACAGCCUCCACGAUUUUAUAGCCAGACUCCAGUCUCUGGAAUCCCACCACUUCAUCCUCAACCUAGUCACAAUCUCCAUUCGAAUCUACCUGACGACUUGAGAAAUAGGGCACCAGGUAUUAGUAUGCAGACAGUGCAACUGCAUCAUCAGCACAUAUCCCAAUAUGCAACGUAUGACGUGCAAUCGGUUCCUGGAUAUACUGUGAUGACACCUUCCUGGGGUGAUGGCUACGCGUAUUCAGGACAUAUUGGUAAACCAGCAUCUGAUGUACAGACACAAACUGUUUCCAUGACACCGAUGAACACUAGUAUUAUUAUCACUGGGUUCAACACACAUGUGGGUAAUGCGUCGUCUUCAUCAUCGACAUCAUCGGUUCUCUCGUCGCCCACUAAAAUCCAGGGUCAGAGAAUUUGCACUGCUGAGAGAGGUGUACCAGAAGGGGCUGCUAGUGCUGGAGCUAAUGAUUUAGGGACAAAUGUCAGUGGUAAUCUUGUGGAUAGUUUGACAGGACAACCUAAUAAUGUGCCUCCACCAAAUACUCAAAAUUCACUCUAUUAUGCUAUGAAUGUUUAAUGAUUUUAUGAGGAUUUAUCGAUGAAUGGGCAGUGAGUGGAUUUCGUAAGGGCCAUAUAGCUAUCGCUAGCCUUUUAGUGUUUUUGAGAGGAUCUAGUUAUUCAUGGAUACGUUUCCUGUUUGAUACCAUAUGAGAUCAUAUAGAAAUGUGGGUUGAGAGUUCUUUUAAUCGGAGGACUAGAGUCGAUGUGAAUUGUAGAUUAAUUUUAUUCUGUUUGUGUUUUUGUUUUAUUUUCAUUUCACCAAAACACAUGUGGUACGAGUGCCAGAAAACUUCCACUUUCCACAUUCAACCAAAUCACUAUUUAUUUUUUCGUAUUCAUUUUAAUGUAUUCGUUCUUGUGGUUAACAAGUGAAACCAAAAAACACCUUUCUUCCGUUGGGUUAUUUACCCUCAGGUGAACAAUAUUUUUAACGUAAACCUGUGCCAGUAAGAAAAGAUUAUUUAUCGUGUAUGCGAGGUCGUUUAUAAAAAUAAGCGAUUAUUAUAAGGGAUUAUAUAGAAAAAUAUAUUACAAAGAUCAUACCGUAAUACGUCAAGUGUGAAUAAGUAUAAAUAUAAUUGAUAAAAGUGUUAUAGUUGUCCUUCCAUUGCUCCAGGCGAAGAUAAUAAUCAGUAUAUUCAAUUGAACACGUCAAGUACUGAGUCCGUGUACUUUUUGGGGGCUGGAAGCUUUGAAUUAUUGGGAGGCAUUUGAAAAUGCGCGGUAUAUUGUUGUAUGGACUAAGCUCUUCAUCAAAUAAAUGCAACAAAUUCCUCGCUUUCGGUUGUUUUACAAAUACGUUAACAUUUGAUUAUUUUUAAUUAUACCAAUUCCGUCAAUAGUAAAUUGUUGAAUUUAUAUGCAUUUUUGUGAUUUUAAAUUCGGUACGCCUGUUUUAUUUGGUAAUUGUUAUUUAUUUAGAUUGAACAAGAAUUAGCCUGAGGAUUGCGUUUGACAUUCGAAAUCUGCAAGGAGUUUUAGAAUAAAUUUAAAUUUAUCUUUCCAUGAUAUUUCGUUAUUGCAUCAGGAAAGUGUUUUAUAUUGUUUUAAUUAUCGAAUGGACAACAGAGUAAUAAGAAAUUAAUUUUCGAUAAUGGAAUAUAUAGCAAUAAAUUAUCUUAUUCUGUGUAUAAAUAAUUGCAUGACAAAACAAUCAGUCGUUACGCAAUUUUCGUUCUAGUCAAGCGAGUCGUGAGAUUUUCUUUUACAGAAAUUUUUUUAUAAACAGAUCAAAAAGUGCAAUAAUUUUCACAAAAUUCGGGAAUCAUGCGUAAAAUCGAAAUUUAACAAGAAAUUUAUUAAUCAUUAAUUGACGACUGAUUGAUUUGACAUGGAAUAUCUCGUAUAUAAAAUACACGAUUAAUUGUAAAGUUGUGCAUUUUGUUUUGUGGCAAAAUUGAAGUUCAUUUGGAGCUUGGCUAUUUGGUGAUUUAAUUAUUAAAAGAACGUUGCCAAAAUUUGGAUGAAGCAUUGUCAGAUUUAUCUAAUGACUAAACCCAAUUUAGCACAAACUAUAGGGUAAUUUGAAUCUCCGAAACAUAUAAACAUGUAUCAAGAUGUUCGUACAGUUUUAAUACCGCUCUUGGGAAAUGUAAUAGAAAAUGUUUAUUGUCCGUGAUGUUCAAGCGGGUCGUAGGUAAAAUUUAUAAAUCACUUUUCUCCCCCAAAGAUCGUAGAUCAGCCCCUGAAUCCGGGAUGACGAAACAAUUUUUUUGUUUUUCUAUUUUUCCCGGGGUUGAGGAUUUAUCAAGCGUUAAAUAACGCAAAAAUUCCAACCGUUAUUCACAUAUUAGCCUGAUAAAAAACCAAGUCAUACCUGAGGUAUUUUACCAAGCGAAAAUCGAUGAGGGUAUUUGUCCCUGAUCCUCGAACCGUAUAUUAGUCCUCUAUCGGCCUAUUUGGAUUCAGGUUAUUGUAUAGAAUAUUGAAUAAGAUAAUCAUUAAGAAAUUAGGUGUCGACAUCGUAUUACAAUACGCGACCGUUUAGUAAUCCAAAACGAGACAGGAUUUCGAUAAAAAUAGGACCACGGUGGACCCUUUGGUUCACAAUCGACUGAGUUAAUUUUAAUUGAUUUUAUAAUUUAUUCCUGUAUAGAAAAUGGUUAUUCUUUAAUUUCGCAAUAAAUUAAGUAUCUUUAAUUGUUUUGAUUGAGUUAAUAUUACAAUAGACUCCCGUUAUAGUCGCGUGCGUUAAACAAAUUAGAGAAAUUUUUGUUGAAAACUGAAUGAGGGGCCCUGUCCACAUGUUCAUCACAAGAAUUCAAGUUCCGAGGAUAUAAUAUUGUCUUUUCUGAAUCAGAAAAGGGUGAGAACAAUAAAGCCUUGCAAAGAGACAGAAUGCAUUUUGUAUUUUUUAAUGACCGAUUUAUUAGAAAAUUCACAUUAGCAACUUAUGAUUAAAAAUGCCUUAUUCAUUUAUUAAAUAUUUCGAAGUGAUUGGAAAACCAACUUCAGGUAUAAUAUUUUUUUUUGUUUUUAAAACCAUUUCGCUCUUCAUUCAACGCUUUUUUCUGCAUUAUUUUUAUGCAUUCCUUCGUUUUAUGCAAAUCGUUGAAAUUAUUUCAAUAAUAAUUCAUAGCGUGUUUGAGUGUGAAUACGGUAUACCGUACGUAAAAAUUUUCCACGUCAAUUUUGUUAUUCCGUGAAAUGCAAAAACAACUGAAUCCUUUCAGUUUUUUAAUUUUUGGAGGAACUUCCGACUUUUUUGUGAUUUUAAUUAUCGCCCCAAAGGUUUGCAUUGCCUUUUCACCGCAAUAUAAUUGUUAACUACCCAUUAAACGGUCGAACAUGAUUUUCGAAUGAUAUAAACUUGAGGAUUGAAUAGACGGUGACAAGUGCUACGAGAGAUGAGGGAAGGGAUUUUUGUUUUUUUUUUCAAUUUUCGACACCUCCACAAAUAAUCAUAAAAAAAUUAUAAAUUUAUCUCGUUUCAGGAACAAAAAAGAAAUAUUGGAAUUAAUUUUUUUUUCAACCGACACGUGCAUGUUGAGGUGGAUAUGGCACAAUCUCUCAAA